GCAGACACUCGGCACCUGCGUCGGUGACAAGCGGAUGGUGUACAAGGGGUGUCGCAACGAGUGCGCCGGACUGCUGCUCUGCCUGCUCGUGGGCAGCCUUGUCGGCGGAGUCUGCAUCGCCAGCGGCUCGUUGGCAGAUCCGCACGAGGAGGACCCGACGCUGGAGGUGCUCCACUACAAACAGGCCGACCUGCUCGUCGGCGCGCUCAUCGCGCUGCCUUCCGGCGCCGCCCUCGCCCUCGCGGUCACGAGCGCGCUCUCCGACACCGUGGUUGGAGUCGCCAUUGCAACCUCCAUCCUUCCACCCGUGGUCGGCUCUGGCAUCAACCUCGUCCUCUCGGCACGCGCCGCUCUCUCGCAGGACCAAGAGAUGGCCGCCUCCAAGCUGCGGGCGGCGAUGCUUGGCGUCGCCAUGGUGGUCAUCAACUGGCUCUGCAUCUUCCUGGGCUGCGGGCUGCUUCUCCGGCUCAAGCAGGUGGACGGCCUCCUACAGCGCGCGCAGCAGGGGGCCAAGUCGCCGCCGCGCCGCCGCGCCCCGCUCGACCCGCAGGCGCCCCCACAGGCAGCAAACGAGCUCGAGCGGAGGCUGCUCUCCGCCGCUGCUGCCGGUGCCGGUGCCGGUGACAGCGGCGCCCGCACCGAGGAGCAGCAGCCCGAGCCGAGUGGCCCCGAGCCGACGCCGAGCAGCAGCGUGGGCGUCGGCGAGCCGGGAACGGUAUCGUCGACCUCGGAGUGCCACGUCGCGCGAGCACCAGACACACCGGCAGGAGAGAAGUGAGUUACGAAUACGUUAGUGUUGAUGG